CAAAAUUCGAUAACUCUCUGCACGAAAAUGUGCACAGUGCGCAGCCUCAGACUGCCCCAACUGCCCCAGCUGCCCCAGCUACUCCAGUAGGGGGUACUGCGUGGUGGUGUUAGGUGCCACUAGGAUUUGUUAUACAGUACGUUACCGGAGCAGUGUGUUGUUAGUGAAAUUUGAGUUGGAGUUUUGCCUGGUUAUCUUCUCCCUUUCCCCUGGUAUCUCCUCCCGUUGUGUAUUGCUAUAGGGAUAAAGCCAUAAAUGUCUACAACCAUUGUGUACAGAGCAGACCCUUCCAAGGAGCACGUACAAAUCGCAGGCAACUUCACCGGCUGGGCCGCGGUCGAUCUCGACUGGAACGACGAUAAGAAGGUGUUUGAGUAUGUUGUCAGGCCAUCUGAUGAGCAGGGCAAGCUCAACUUCAAAUUCAUUGUUGAUGGUGUGUGGCUCUGUGACGAUGACUACGCGAGCGAGGCGGACUCGUCGGGAAACCUCAACAACGUUAUCCUGUACGAUUUCUCAGAGGAUCAGAGUGCGGUGGUUGAGCGCACGAGCAAUGCGCUUGAAGAGGCUCAGAGGGAGCUUGCCGAGGAGCCAAAGACCCCGGAAUCCACGCCACGUAGAGCGUCUGCAACGUCGCCAAAGGCUCCUCAUGAUGAAGUUGGCGCUGUUGGCUCGGUUUCAAAGCCUGAGCCUGCACACGUCAGCGAGCUGGAUGAUGAGCUAUCUACGGUAGUCUCCAAUGAGGAGACUGUUGAGCAGGAGGACCCCGGUGCUGCCACUGGUCAAGGCGAUGAGGUGUAUGCUGCUCCAAAGACUACAGCUUCACAAUUGGCAUUCUUUGCAAGACUGUUACAAAUCAUCAGGGAGUUCUUCUCAAGGUGGUUCCACGGAGGGUCUCAUUGAGACGCAUCAGCGUCAUCGUCACGAGCAUUGACAGCCGGCUUGGUGAUAACUAUCAUAGUGCUAAUCUUAUAUAUCGAUAAUAAUGCAUUGGUCAAUUCAGCCUUCGAGCC